AGAAGAGGACCAUGUGAAAUACCCAAAAUUAGCGUUCCUGGAUUUGAAUCCCAUAAACAGCAGUUCAAACGAUCAGAGGACAUUACUAUCAAACCUGUGAACACGGUUCACUGCUUCAAUUGUACUACCGAACUCAGGUGGAAAAUUACAAAGAGAUGCGCCAUUGAUGAAGAAGAUCCGAUGCCAGAGGAAUUCAUCUCAAAAUCAGCUGAUUUGCACUAUCCCGCGAGGCAUUUCAGUAUUUGCAAAGAGAUCGAAUUUCGGUUCUCGAUCAACAUGACUUGGGCAGAGGGAUUUUGCAGCAGUGAGAAGAAAUUUUCUAUUGAAAUUAUUCCAACUCCUCUCGUGGCAAGUAUUUUGGGCGGCUCGAAGAGGACUGUAGGCAGUGACGUUAUAGCGCAAAUUGAUGCUUCUAAGUCAGUGGACCCAGAUGAACCAGGAAGCAAUUUCGAGUUUGCUUGGUUCUGUAGCUUUAAUGGUUCCAAGUUGCCGGGAAAUAUAUCCUCUACUGAGACAAAAAAUCCCUUGAGUAAUGGAAGCUGUUUCGGAUAUGCUCCAGGUCAACUUACGGAUUUUAACGAAACAAAAAUAAUAGAGUUAAAUACAAGCAUGGCGAUUCCUAACUCAACAUAUACUAUCAGAUUUAUCAUGGCAAAAAGUGGUCGAAAGUCCCAGGUUAAGGAUCAAUAUAUUACCCUUGUUCCUGGUGAUCCUCCUGAUAUGAGCAUCGAGUAAGUAUAUCAUAUCAAUUUUUAUUUAUACUAUGAACCUUUUAAACGGCGCUUAUAUCUCUCCACAAAUUUGCACUUACCGGCUUAUUUUUGGCAAGGGCGCUGUUUUUCAUUUUCUUUUCUCUGAAUGUGCCAACCAAUUCCAUAUUUUCACAAAUUUGAAUUUCUUUGACGUCACUUUUCUCUUCUCUAUAUAUCCUGCAUCUACAUUUUACAUUUUUUUAGCCCAAGAAAUAGCACAAUAGAAAGCAACGGAACAUGAUCAGACCAAAAAGGAUAUCAAUGCCAAUGAGUUUAAGUGUAUAGCGCUAGCGUAGCUGGACUGAGAGUCUGAUGGGUUUGUCCCCAGUUUCCUACUAGUGAGGGUUGACGCUAAUCUGUUGUUGACGAAGCCGAAGGCGAGAUCAGGUCAAAUCCGAUUUUUACACGUUAUGGCCUGUCAGGAAUGUGACAGGCGAUGAAAGAGCGCGUGCUUGAAAUAAAUCCUCAAUUUUAGUCGUGUCAAAGAACGAAUGCGAUAGAGCCGUGAAGUUUUCUCUAAAAAAUCGUGGUUAUACGCAUAUCUUAAGUAUGAACCAAUUAAGUUGUUGUUGUUUUUCUUUGUAACAUCAAAUUCAAAGUGACAGCAAGUUAGGUUAAAUUUCAUCAUCAUUGCCCGCGUUGAAAGCUCAAAGCAGUAUGCAUCAACUUCUACGCGAGAAUUUUUUUUUUACUCUUUCAAAAAUCUUUAUUUUGAUAUCGAGAGAGAGUUUUAAAAAGUCUUUGAAGAUGAGAUAAAAUCGGAUUUACAAGUUAUAUCAAGACGAAAACUAUUUCUUCGGUGAAAUAUUUAUUUUAGCAGAACUGAAGAAUUUGCAAAGAAUGAAUUGCACACGCCGUAGCGCGCGUAGGGGACAACACUCACGUAAUUCGCUCACAAUCUAGCUAAUCAAAAACAUUAAAUUUUCUUUCUUAACCAGUAAGAUCUCGCCUUGGGCAUCGUAAACAAGAAAUCUGGUACUAGAUUGAGUCAACGCGACAAAAAAAAGGAUUAGAAAGUGAUUUGUAAAGGAAAGAAGACGCUGACCAAGCCGAGUCUUUCAUCGUUUUUUCUGCUUGCUUGCUUGCUGUUGGCAGUUUGAAAAUUUAUUGUUUGAUAGCUGAUGGUAAUAUUGCUCUUGUUUGUCAGUUGAAUGUAAAAAAUAUAAAUUUAUAUUGUCGCUUUUUAAGGCACACUUGCAGCGUAAAGGUUUCUGGGAAAUCAUAGCACGAAAACGAGGCUAUGGUGAUUAUAUAUCAACUGGAAGAACAACCACCAACAAUGAAAGCAGUUCUCGUUAUUCAGUUUUGUACAUUUGGUAGUUUUACUCUUCAAAUUUAAGCCAUUUUGUUUUGAUGUCUUUUGAAGUCUUUGAAGUUGUACCUUCUGCUCAUCAAAGAUUUUUUUUUUUUUUUUUUUUUUUUUUCACUAACAUACUGACUUAGAAUGCGCCAAAUUCUAAAUCUACUUUGUACGUUGCUCUUUCAAUAGCUAACUUAAUGGUGGUCACCCUUUAUGACUUCAUCGCUGUUUUCUUUUUAUUUCAGGUGUCUUAAAAACUGCAAGAUAAAAUUAAACCCAUCGGAGAAAUUUUCAUUAAAAGGAAAAGGAAAGUCCAAAGGUAACCGAAAGAUACAUUACGAGUGGAGCGUUCAAAAAUGUACAUCCGAUUGCAGCUGUUCAGAUGAUUCUAUCCCACAGCGUUUCCUCGCGGUGCCAGAUCUUACGUCAGAGACUUUGGUAAUAAAGCCGGAUUAUUUUAAAGGUACUUACAAAUUUUGGUUGUGA